CACGCAUGUACAGUACAUGUCUACGGUUUAUCCUCGUUUUGCCACCACCCUGAAAAGGAGUAACAGCUGCUGUGUUUAUACAAGCCCAUGGGUCAUGUCAAAGUUACUCACAGCAGCAAGUGAGUGAACUGAACUCAGGCUUAAUGAGCAUCCACGAUAAUGUUAACAGUGUUCAUUAUAUCUACGAAAACUAACUUGUGAGUAACAUGGAGUACAUGGAGUAUUGUUCCGGUCAUAUGAUCGCGUACAUGUACAAGAGGCACUCCCCUUUACUCGGGGCUAUUGAUGCAUGUCGAGUUGACCUACAACUCGUGGGGACGGUGGGAUUUCCCAGACAACCUACGACGUAAAAUGCUGGAAUAUUGUCUCUAUCCAACAAGACAUGUAACAAAGACACAGGGCAAUAUUAUCACAUAAUGUAUAUUCUACAAUGUAAAGUGUAAAUAGUGCAGAUGAAUAUGUGAACCUUGCCUCAGUCCUCGGAAUUACAAGGUCGACAUGAAGACAUUCACAGUGAAGACAUCUCCAAAGGCAGUGGUCGAUGUGCGAAGCAUGGAGAAAGGCCAACACCAUUAGAGGAUAUGUAGAUAUAUGGUUAAUACCUUUGCUGGCUACGUUUAAAAGACAAGAUGGCACGAAGAGUCAUGAAUGAACUAGAGAAACGGGCACUUCAACAGCUCACUUGUGAUUUUGUCGAGAGACUCGAUCCAAAAUACCACGUAAUUGACUUUCUGUAUUCCAAAGAACAGUUGACGCAGCUUGAGUACGAGGAGUUGUUCGAGAUAACCAACAGAGCAAUACAAUGCCGGACCCUGCUCGCCAUGGUCAGAAGGAAGUGUUCAAUGGAGGUGUUCAUGAGCUCGCUGUGUCUCAACAAUGACUAUACGUUCCUUGCAGACAAAAUACAGGAAGUGCUAUGUCAGCUGGAGAGGGAGCAGGCAGCACACGGAAGAUGUAGUAGGCCUCAGAAAAGGAGGAGAACUUAUCAACUCUGUGAUGUUGAAGAAGAUGAGGAUGAAGUUAACCAAGAAGACAACACGCCAUCCUAUAAGAAUAUCUGUCCAAUGUGCAAAUGUCCGGCAAGAAUUAACACCAUGACGAAAAAGAAGAGGAUUCUCACAAAAAUGCAGCAACAUUUAAAGUUUCUUUGUAUGGAGGGAAACUCAACAGAUCACGAAACUUUCCUUGGAAAACUGGGCUCCAAAUGGAAGAAAGAUGCAGACGUCCAGUUCAUCAUCCUGGACGCUCGGGCGCGAACCAUGAGGGUUUCUAGUUCAGACGUGUCGGGUGACACUGACUCCUUCAAAGAAAUGGAGUCCUUAAUUCCGUAUACUUCCGACCCAACAUCCUCAAGCAUGAUUUUCCUGGCUCGUAAAGCGUCACUGUUUGACGUGAAAGGACGAGCUGAAGAUGGCUUCACCGUUUUAGGAUAUGCCAAAACUCACGCCGAUCGGGUUGUCCCAUGCAGGGAUACCGGUCUAGUCAUUUACAUGGAAAUCAACCUUCUGCUGAAAGAAUAUGAACUUAAGCCGACCGAGGAAACGAAAAAUCAGAUAAUAGAAAGAAUAAAGGAAGCAAUUGAAGUUCACUUCAGUCAAGAGGAAGACGAUGUGAAAGAGGAUUGUUCUAGAAUGCUGUAUGUGAAGUUGGCCUGUUUUUAUCUAGGAAUUGGGCUUAUGGGAAACAAGAUCGCUGAUAUCAGGACUACAGUGAGCGAUAUCAAGACCGCCGAAUGCGUUCUAGAUCGUGUUGAAUCGAAAUGGGAGAACAUGGAUGCCAGGAGAAAGAUGUUCUUCUAUUUAGCUAAAGCCGUCUUGAGUCAAGAGACGGGACAGAUGGAGAGAGCACUACAUUUUGGAGAAAUCGCAAAACAGAUGGGUGAAAGAGGAAAGUUUGAACGCGAACUAAAACACAUUGACCCUUUGACUCGAGACCUGGCUAUUGAAUAUGAUCGGAUGUUGUCUAUGAGAGGUGAGGAGAUUAUUCGGGAGUUCCAUGAUCUGAGUAAUGAUGGGGAAACUGCCAGAGACAUCCCAUAGCCUUCAUCGUUAAUGUCGUGUGGAUAUUGGUAUUUCCCGGAAUCUUUCCAACUGAUCCUUUCUAAAUUGAGAUUAUCCAACAUUAAUGAUUUGUUAACUGUGACAUAUUUCUAUUUAGUGUGAACAAUUGUAAUUGUAAACUGGAGUAUCAUAUGAGGGAGCAAUCAGUCACUGUACGAGCGAUGCUGGUGUUUAUAUUUCGAAGUGAUUGGAAGUGGUGCCAAAAUAUGUCGUGCUGAGCGGACAGAGAUUCGGAAGUAUGGAAGUGACCAUCACCGUGAUUGCCGCGGAUGCCGUGCCAAAUUGUUAAAGAAAUUGCCACGGCAGCCACGGUACUAGUGAGAAACCUGGUAGACCGUAUUACAACGGGGGGAACGCAACAAAACGUGACAUCACGUAAUAUAGGCCGUAACAAAACUUGUAGACUGUCCGUAGUGGGUUCGCAGUGGGACGGUAGGCAUGUGUAUUCCCCGGCAUCUCAUGAUCUUUCAAGUUGUCACGUUCGGCCACGUUUGUUUGGCUUUUUGCCACGGUUGUUUCACCCUUGCUGCCCUUUUUGUCCCGGUUCUCACGACAGGCUUGGUUGUAUGGUUGUCGAUUCGUCUCGUUCUAUCACGGAGCAUUCAGGCGUGUGACGGUUUACAGGGCAGGCGAGAUACGGCACAUUGCGUUCUCUGGCAUUCCGUCUCAGCAGCUGAUGAUCGCCUUCUUGCUGACGCAAGGGCUCGAUGUAUGCCCUCAGCAAACAUACAAACACAAAAUCUUCUUCAUCUUGGGGAUUUUAUGCUGCUCUUGUGACUCAGGAUACAAUGCCUGUCAUUGCUUGGGAGGCCUUUUUUAUACCGUGGGCACAAACGUGGCCCAAAGCUGGCCGGUGUCCACGUUUCGUCGGUAGAAAGUCUUGACAGAACGCGUAAAAUGUGUCAAAACCUUGAUCAAAACGUGGUAACAUGAGGGAACCCAUCAGGACGCGACAGGCAGGGAGGAAACGUAGUGGCAUCCGUAGUGGACUGCGGGCAGAACCGUAGUGCGCCUUUGUGCUUUCGAGACUCAGCAGCCUGUUUUUCCCAACGGCCCAUCACGGAUACCGUGACAGACCGUGAGAAAACUUAGCAUGGCCUAACAAAACUUGUCUUUGGAGAAAAAAAUGACCCAAAUCCCACGGCGCACUACGUUUCGGGGAAACGGGGUUGCGUUGCCGCCGGGGACAUAGUGUAACCCUAGCAUUAGGUGAAUGAAUACAUUUGAACCAAUCAUUUUUAGUUUUAAAUUAAAUGGAAAGUGCAAGGGUGAAGUUGGCAGAAAGAAAUAUAUAGUGUUUGGUUAUAAACACUUGAUAAAUAUGUAUUUAGGAACAUUCUUCGUUACGAUUACUCAACGAUAUUUUACAUCCCUUCUUGGAUUCGUGUACAAAUUAUACAUACUCCAUGAGCUUACUCUGUUUGAGAUGUUUCGUGUGCAAUAUCUGUACUGGCAUUGGUGCACAGUGCAUGUGCCUUUUCCAAGAAAUGAACUAAAACUGAGCCUAUCUCUAACAUGGCUCUAUUCGCGUUGCAUAUUGAAAGAAAUGAGCGAUAUGAUCGUAAAGUGUAGAAGCUGUGCGUUAGCCGAGUGAUGGAAAUGCUUGCCCGCUACACGGAAGGCCAGCGUGGAUUUCCUCUAUAACUGAAGCCCAUUUUCUGCAGUUCUUGCCUUGAUACUAAGUUUGAACAAACUCAGUAAAUGCACGAUGUUGUUACUGGAUAUUCAUUGUAUGGUUUCACCAAUGGCCGCCGUCACAUGGCCGGAGAAGUGCUGUCCAGCGUCAGGCAAUCAAUAUACUCUUCUUUCUUCAAGCAAACUGUGUGAUGGGUCGGACAUGUUUACUCUUCUCGAACAAAGGUGUCAUCAAGGCUUUCAAUGAUCCAGUCAUAUAUAUUCAUCAAUGUGUUGUAUUUUGAGAAACCAUGGGGCUGUUUUGGCUUUAUGGUCCUGGCUGAUUAUUUCCUUGGACGGAGUUCAUAGUUUUACAUAUAGAAUAUUUAUGUAUUAUUGUAUUACGUGUUAUCAUUCCUCAUUCUGUCGUUACUGUGUUUUACUACAUGUAUUUUGAUAUUUGUAUAUUUGACCGAUUUAAUUCUGUAUAAAAAAAUUCUCGACA